AUGAGGUUGAGGCCGGAAAUAUCGAUGUUGAAUAACUCCGUGACGGCGUGUCAGGCGUUGAUGAGCAAGGCAGAGGAAAGGGUGCUAAAAGUACGCCUUCAAUUACUGGAGAAAGACAAGGGCAGGGAAAGUGACGGACGAGUGGACAUUGGUGCGGUGGGGGAUGGCGGGUGUUCCGGAAUGAACAACCCGAGUUUUGUCGAGCGCCAGAAAGUUGUUGGUGAUCAAGUGAUUUUUACCACGCUGUUCCUACUACCCGGUGAUGACGAGGUUUUCGCUCGAAGGAGCCAACUAUCGUCCUCUCAGUUCUCUUACAACCCACUCACCCCCAUCUUACUACUGAUACUACCAAGCUCGAAGUUCUACAUGGAUUCCGAUGCUGACGAUGCAAGCAGCAAAUUUGCGCAAGUCCUCAUUUUCGUGUGA